AUGAUCAUGAUACUAAUGAAUGGGUCCUACAACAGCCCCAAUUUUCGACAAACUCCCCAUCCCCCUCAAACUAACCACGAUGAAUGGCUCCUUCUGGCCCCAAAACCCCCUUCAAUCUUCCACCUGCCCCCAAGCCCCGAAGUAGACGCCUCUUGGGACCGCAUAGCAGACACCCACGGCUUCGUCCUCUCCAAAGCCGAGAUCCUGAAAAUGGGCAAAGACCCCACAAAGCUCUACAGGUAUCCUGAAUCCUACGGAUACGGACCCGAAGCCUACAUGGGCAUCCUGGACGUGUCGCACCAUCUGCAUUGUUUGAAUCAUCUUCGGCGCGCUGCGCACGGGGCUACGACGCACAAACAUGCCCACUCCCAUUCACACUCUGGUCAGCAGGUGUAUUUUAAUCCUGCUAUCUUGUUUCCCCACGAGGUAUAUCUGGAUCAUUGCGCGUAUGUCCUCAUGGAGUUUAUUACGUGUCACGCCGAUGUGGGCGUUGUCACGUUUAAUAAAGUGCAGGGGACGCCGGGGCCGUUUGCGGACUUCAACGUCCUACGUAAGUGUCGCGAUUUUCAGGCUUUGCUGGAUUGGAAGGAGAGGAAUCAAGUUAAUGUUUCUGAGGAGCUGUGGGAGGAGAUUUUUGUUACGCCUGAGGGGAUAAGGGAGUUGCCUGCUAAGGGGAAAUCGGUGCUCUAA